GGCGGGGCUGGGCUAUCAGAAGGCCUGCGCGGGGCGGCCGCGCGGAGGGGUUGGUGUCGUUUCCGCCGUGGCACAAUGGCAGGGCGGCGGUAGCCGGGGUCCGUCGGUGGCCGGUGGAAAUUACUAAAUUGAGCAGCAGUAGCCAUGGGAGAUGCUGCCAAGCCUUGCUUUGGCAAACCAAGUAAGGAACAGGAAACUGUACAUCAAGAAUUAACAGGAAGUCCCUCUCAGAAAGAAUACCGAGUCAUGGAUGAAUAUGGAAAUGGCCAUAUCAAUAAAACAGAUACCAGCCUGCAAAACAAAAGGGGAACACCAAGUCAUUACGGAAGCAGUCCCAGGCAAGGGUCACGUAGUGUUUUCAGUUGCCCAAAUUCACUUAAAAAUACAACUUACAGUCAAGACUCAAAGUUAAAUAAUACUCAGAGAGAUCCAACAAAGAAAUGGGCAUCUGAUGACCACCGUGGCACUUCUGACAGCUGGAGAGAACACAGAUCUGUUGCCUGGAAUCCUGUGCAUAGCAGGACAAGAAAGGACUCCUUUCAUGAAGUUGAAGGUACUGGAAACAGAAGUGUAAGACGACAACUUCAGGAAGAAUUAAUGAGUGAAAAUGUGCGAGAUGUGCAGAAAGGAGGCUCUGAAACGAAGAACCUCAGGAAACCAAGAAGAUUGAGAAGAACUAGAAGAGAAGAGUAUGAUCAAGAUGAAGUGGACAGUCCAGUCAUAGAUGAAUCAGUGCUGUCAGCAAAAGAACUUCUGGGGUUGCAUCAGGCUGAAGAACGAUUGAAGCGAGACUGCAUUUAUAGGCUGAAAAAGCAACCUCGAAACUACCCAUCAGCAAAAUACACCUGCAAAUUGUGUGAUGUUUUGAUUGAGUCGGUGGCUUUUGCUCAUAAGCAUAUUAAAGAGAAAAGGCACAAGAAAAACCUAAAGGAAAAACAAGAAGAGGAGCUGCUGACUGCUUUGCCUCCUCCAGUGUCACCUCAAAUAGAAGCUAUUGGUGUUGCUAUUGACAAGGUAGUGCAAGAGUUUGGCUUAAAUAAUGAAGACCUGGAAGAAAGGCUUAACAUUAAAACACUGAUGGAAAAGUUGCUGCGUCAAAAAAUGCCAGAGUGCUCACUAAGAUUGUAUGGCUCAUCCUGUAGCAGAUUCGGUUUCAAAACUUCAGAUAUAAACAUAGAUAUCCAGUUUCCUGCCAAUAUGACUCAACCAGAUGUUCUCUUACUUGUUCAAGAAAGUCUGCAGAACAGUGAAUCUUUUACGGAAGUUGAUGCAGAUUUCCAUGCUAGAAUACCAGUGGUCAUGUGCAGAGAAAAGCAAAGUGGCCUUAUUUGUAAAGUGAGUGCAGGGAAUGAGAAUGCUUGUCUGACAACAAACCAUCUGGCAACACUUGGAAAACUGGAACCUACUGUUGUGCGUUUAGUGAUUGCCUUCAGAUACUGGGCAAAGUUGUGCUGUGUUGAUCAUCCUGAAGAGGGAGGCUUAUCAUCUUAUGUGUUUGCUUUAAUGGUUAUUUUCUUUCUACAACAGAGGAAACAGCCUUUCCUGCCUGCCUAUUUGGGAUCAUGGAUUGAAGGAUUCUCAAUAAACAAAUUAACUAAUUUUCAUUUGAAAGAAGUUGAGAAUGAUGCUGUGGUUUGGGAGCAUAACCCCACUGAUGAUAGUGAUUUGCCAGAAGAAACCUUCCCUAGAAGAGGCAAGGUUCCCUUAGUAUUUGAUUCAGGACAGCAGUGUUCAGCACCUGCUGGUCAGCUCUGGGUGGAGCUGCUUCGCUUCUAUGCCUUGGAGUUCAAUAUGGCUGAUCUGGUUAUUAGCAUACGGCUCAAAGAAGCAGUGUCUCGUGAAUCAAAGGACUGGCCUAAAAAGCGCAUUGCUGUGGAAGACCCAUAUUCAGUCAAAAGGAAUGUGGCAAGAUCUCUGAACAGCCAGCUAAUGUAUGAGUAUAUUCUUCACUGCCUGAGAGCAACUUACAAAUAUUUUGCCUUGCCUCACAAAAAAAAUGCAAAACUGAGCAAAAAAUCAUCUCUGAAUGCCAAUGAAGAGAAAUCUGAAAUGCUGGACCACAGAAAAGCUAUAAAGCAUGAAAAUUCUGAGUUGCAAAACUUUGAUGGUGGAACAAACACAGCAGUAGUGGAAGACUCUACAGUUUUGCCCCCAGAAUAUAGAAUUGAUCCUUCAAAACUCUGUGAUGACUCAGAAAGCUUCACAGAAGAAGAGCUGGCUGAUAUAAGCCAUUUGGGAAUUGCCCAUGAGGAUUCAGACUGUAUAAUAGAGGAAGUUAUUUCUGGAGAUAAUGAGGAUUUUAAACCAAGUUGUGAAGAGGCAGAGAGUGGAAAAGAUGAUGAUGAAGACGACGAGCACAAACAACAUAAAAGAAGGUGGAAUAUCUUGACUACUGAGCAGAGAAUAGAUGAAGACAGUGAUAGUGGAGAUCUCCCUGUUACAGUGAACGAGCAUGAUGUAGACACAUACAGUACUUCAGACCUAGAAGGUUUUCAAAAUGCUGCACUUACAGAGAGUGACGAGUUUGGCUUAGAGUGCAGUGGUAUAAUGGAUGACAAGGUCGAGGUUGAUGAGGAGAGCACUGAUGAACUUGAGGAAUCCCCCAAAAUAUUCUUGUGUUCAGCACAGAGACAAAUGUCCCAAAUAAUUAACUCAGAUUAUGAGGAGGAAGAGGAGGAAGAACAAAGUCUUCUAAACCAGAGCGUGUGUGGUCUUGGAACAACUAGUGAUGAGCUAGGUAACAUAUACACUGGAUCUGGAGAUGAUGAUGCACUGUCAGAGGAAGAAGAUGAUUUUUCUAUUGCAAAUAAAUGUGACAACAAACAUUUCAAAGAAAAUGUGGAUGGACCUCUGAGGAUCAAUUUUUAUCAAGAGGAUUGUACUGAGAAGAGAAGCCUUUUUGAAGAGAACACAGCAACAGAAGAGUGUUUACAAUCUGAAAUUUUUUAUGAGUUCAGUAAACCAGCUUUUACAAAGGGCAAGUCUCCUACAGUAGUAUGUAGCUUGUGCAAACGGGAAGGUCAUUUAAAGAGGGAUUGUCCAGAAGACUUCAAGAAAAUUGAACUUGAUCCACUACCAGUGCUGACACCCAAAUUUUCAGUUAUUCUAGAUCAAGUUUGUAUCCAAUGUUACUAUGAUUUUGCUCCAAAUACUGUAGAGGAUCAGGCUCGGGAAGACAUAAGACAAAAUUUGGAAAACUUCAUUAGACAGGAUUUCCCAGGAACCAAGCUGGAUUUGUUUGGCUCCUCAAAAAAUGGCUUUGGCUUCAAACAAAGUGACCUUGAUAUCUGUAUGACAAUGGAUGGGCUAGAAACUGCUGAGGGACUGGAUUGCAUCAGAAUCAUUGAAGAUUUAGCAAAAGUUCUCAAGAAACAGUCAGGUUUAAGAAAUGUCUUGCCUAUAACAACUGCUAAAGUCCCGAUUGUCAAAUUUUUCCAUGUUAGAAGUGGUCUUGAAGUAGACAUCAGUUUAUAUAAUACUCUGGCAUUGCAUAAUACAAAACUCCUGUCGUCAUAUGCAGCCAUUGAUCCUAGAGUAAAAUAUCUGUGUUAUACAAUGAAAGUCUUUACAAAAAUAUGUGACAUUGGAGAUGCAUCUCGAGGAAGCCUUUCUUCUUAUGCAUAUACUCUUAUGGUGCUUUAUUUUCUUCAACAGAGAAAUCCACCUGUCAUCCCUGUUCUUCAAGAGAUCUACAAAGAACCAAAGAAGCCUGAAAUUUUAGUUGAUGGCUGGAAUGUUUAUUUCUUUGAUAAGAUAGAGGAGUUGUCUGUCGUUUGGCCAGAGAGUGGCAAAAACACUGAGUCGGUUGGACAGCUGUGGCUAGGGCUUCUCCGUUUCUACACAGAAGAAUUUGAUUUUAAAGAGCAUGUCAUCUGCAUUAGGAGAAAAAAUUUGCUCACAACUUUCAAGAAGCAGUGGACCUCCAAAUACAUUGUAAUUGAAGACCCUUUUGAUUUGAACCAUAAUCUGGGAGCCGGAUUAUCAAGAAAAAUGACAAAUUUUAUAAUGAAGGCCUUUAUCAAUGGCAGAAGGAUAUUUGGUACUCCUAUAAAAAUAUUUCCUAAAGAAUAUCCAUCAAAAAUGGAGUACUUUUUUGAUCCAGAGGUACUAACGGAAGGAAAAUUGGCACCAAAUGAUAGAUGCUGCAGAAUUUGUGGUAAAAUUGGCCAUUUCAUGAAAGAUUGUCCCAUGAGAAGAAAGCUAAGACGACGACGUGAUUAUGAAGACAUAAAAAAUCAGAGGUACACAGAAACCAAGGAGAAAAGAAGCAAAGAGGACAGAGAAACUCAAAACAAAACAGCAGAAAAGGAGAGCUCAGUCAUGGAUGGAAAGUUGCAUCUAUGUAUGCCUCCAAAGAGGAAACCAGCAAGGGUGAUAGUGGAAACUGGAAGAGAAAAGACUCCCAGGCAAUCAUCAGAGAAGUGGAAGCGCCUGGAAGACAGAGACUUAAGAGAAAAACGUUGUUUUAUCUGUGGAAGGGAAGGUCAUAUUAAAAAGGAGUGUCCACAGUAUAAAGGAGCUGCAGGUGGUUCAAAACCAGAAGUGCUCUGUGGAUCCCCUUCUUUACCUCAUGCUGCCAAACAUGCUGGUAGAUUAAAUCAGGGAGUGCUCAUGCAUGAAGAAAAAAAGAAGCAAAAAGGAAAAAUACUUUUGAGUCCACAGUCAGGCAGCCUUUCCAAUAAAUACAUGACUCAGGGUAGAGCCUCACAGAAGAGGACCCCGCAAGAAUCGUGAGGGAUAUUAAGCACUGUUAAAUUGCAAUACAGGUCCUUCCUUCAUGUAAAAAAAUUUCUUUGGCUAAAGCAUCUGGAUUCACAGAACAACAGCACAGACAAACUUUGGUUUAAAACACCCAUAUUUAAUUUGACUUACUUUAGGUUGCUAGUACAAGCAACUGUGGAUUUUAAUACAAUAAAAUCCUGCUCUUUAAUAGGUUGAGUGUUUCAUUAGGAAGCCAUGAUGGCUUUUUGUUUACUUGGUAAAUUACAUAGGAAAAGGCAGAUACUAAAAGUGGACUGACUGUCCAAGGGUUUAUUGUUCCACCUGACCAUUUUGA